UAAAUACAGCAAUGUCGUGGCCAGAUGCUCAGAGUUACUGCAGAGAGAGAUUCACUGAUCUGGCUACUGUAGACAACAUGGAUGACGUGAACAGGCUGGUAAAUAUAAUAGAUGCUGGAUACAGCGGAUCAGUGUGGAUUGGACUGAUGAAGGGGACAAAGAAACAGUGGAGUUGGUCUAAUGGAGAAAACACAACUCCUCAGUACUAUAACUGGGCUUCAGGACAGCCAAAUGCAGAUGGAGAUUGUGUUGUUACUCUUUCUGGAGUUUGGCAUGAUAUGGCAUGUAGCUAUAAGCGAUAUUUUGUGUGCUAUAAAAGUGUUGGAUACGCCUUUGUACAAAGUGCUAAAAACUGGACAGAUGCUCGGAGCUACUGCAGACAGUAUUACACCGAUCUGGCCACCAUCCACAGCUCUGUGGAGAAUGACCAGGUAACUAUGAAAAUUCUAUCUGGAUGGUACAUCUGGUUUGGGAUGUUUCUGGACUCUUGGGGAUGGUCUGAUCAGUGGGAUCUGAGGUUCAGACACUGGGCAGAAGGUCAACCAACGAUGACUUCAGGUGACUGUGUUGGCAUGACAAGAACCGACUCUGGCAGAUGGUCUCAGUACAGCUGUGAUGUACAGCAGCCGUUUAUCUGCUAUGGAGAUGACUUGAGAAAACAAAUUGUGAGAUUGAAAGUCACCUGUAAUGGAAAAUGUGCAUUGAAUGAUCCUUCAGUACAGACAGCUAUUCUGAAUGAGAUAAGUGAAAAGCUGAAGAACAUGAUGUUGGAGAGUGAAAGCAAAAUAAGCUGGAGAAAGGGAGGGGAUGGAGAGGUGUUUCAUCAGGAGAACAACCAUAUGGUAAAUUUAGAUAAUAAAUGUAUUAAGAAUGUCGCCCGUAUCUUGGUGGAAUAUGGAGAGGAAAUCAGGUCUCUAAAGUUCAUGUUAAACAUGGAGCCUAACGUGUAA